AUGUCUCAGCCUGAGAGGCCCGGCGAGAGGAGACCCUCCCAGUCGAGAGGCAACCGCCUCAGUCAAUUCUUCUCCUCGCCAAAGUCCAAGGACCAAGUCUCGGCCCAGCAGGCCCUCAUGGCCAUGCAGAACAACUCGGCCCCGAUCAUCACCGCUGCGAGCUUGUCACUGCCCUCCAUCUCGUUGUCCACUGCUACUGCUGGCGAGCCCAAUGGCGACGAGAUCGCCACCACGCUGUACCAGCCGCCCUCGUCCGCCGAAACUGACCGCCAGAAGCGCCUCGAUGCCCAGUUUGGUCCUCUGAUUGACCCCGCCCACCGAUACGUGAGCAAGCAUCACGGGGAGCCGCUGCGAGCUCCCAUCAUCGAUGAGCCGCCGUACUACUACGUUCUCACCACCUACAUCAGCUACCUUCUACUCCUCGCCCUCGGCCACAUUCGAGACUUCUUUGGCAAGCGAUUCAGCAAGAAGCCACUCUACCGAACUCUGCGCGCCGCCAAUGGCUACGCGCCUCUCAACGACGACUUCGAUAGCUUCUACACGAGGCGACUGAAGUUGCGCAUUGACGACGUCUUCGCCAGGACCAGCACCGGCGUUCCUGGGCGCUUCAUUAGUCUCCUGGAUCGCGUGUCGGAUAACUUCAACGAGACCUACAACUACACGGGUACAAACACCGAGACUUUGAACAUGAGCUCCUAUAACUACCUGGGCUUCGCCCAGUCCGAAGGCCCCUGCGCUAAUGCCGUCGAGCAAUGCGUCCGCCGCAAUGGUCUGAGCUUCUGCAGCUCCCGUGCCGAUGCUGGCACUUCGGAUCUUGUGUGCGAAGUUGAGAGGGAGAUAGCAACAUUCGUGGGCAAGCCCUCUGCCAUGGUCUUUUCGAUGGGCUUCGUGACCAACGCCAGUUCCUUCCCCGCCCUUGUGUCUAAGGGGUGUCUGAUCCUAUCUGACGAGCUCAACCACGCUUCGAUCCGCCUGGGUGCGCGCCUCUCCGGCGCUGUCAUCCGAUCAUUCAGUCACAACGACAUGAUGGACCUGGAGAAGCGGCUGCGAGAGGCCAUUGCUCAAGGACAACCGCGAACCCAUCGUCCUUGGAAGAAGAUCCUCGUUGCUGUCGAGGGACUGUACUCCAUGGAAGGCACCAUGUGCGAUCUACCGGGCAUUCUGAACCUCAAGGAUACGUACAAAUUCUCCCUGUACGUCGAUGAAGCCCACAGCGUUGGAGCGCUUGGUCCCCGGGGUCGUGGUGUGUGCGACUACUUCGGAAUUGACCCCAGUCGCGUAGACGUCCUGAUGGGUACGUUGACCAAGUCAUUCGGUGCCAACGGCGGCUACGUGGCGGCCGAGAAGCACAUCAUCGAUAAGCUGAAGAGCUGCAACGCGGCAACCAUGCUGGGCGAAUCCCCUACUCCUGCCGUCCUGAUGCAGAUCCUGGCAUCGCUCAGGAUCAUCACCGGGGAAAUGGUCCCCGGCGAAGGCGAGGAGCGGCUGCAGCGCAUUGCCUUUAACUCGCGCUACCUCCGUCUCGGUCUCAAGCGGCUGGGUAUGAUCGUGUACGGUCACGACGACUCGCCCAUCAUUCCUGUUACGCUGUACAACCCGGCAAAGAUCUCGGCCUUCAGCCACGAAAUGCUAAAGCGGAAGAUCUCCGUGGUGGUCGUCGGCUACCCUGCGACGCCGCUCAUCAGCUCGCGUGCUCGUUUCUGCGUCUCGGCUGCGCACAACAAGGACGACAUGGACCGACUCUUGGCCGCUUGCGACGAGGUUGGCGAUAUCCUGCAGCUGAAGUUCUCGACGGGUAUUGCAGGUGGUCUCAAACCCCUGCCAGACGGUGUGCCAGCGGAGAAUGAGAAGUCGUGGCGCGAGACCAAUGGGCGCACGGCCGCCAUCGACCCACCGCGCUGGACUUUGGAGGACAUCAUUGCCCACGGCGCCGCCGACGCCAAGGUCAGGCUUCGGUAG